CAUAUAAACAGAGCCUAAAAAUACACACUUAUUUGUUAUUAUUUUUUUUACUCAAAAAAAAUAGGUAUACCUAUAUUAUUUAAAAAAUAUUGACAUUUGUUAAUAAAAAAUUGACAAAUAUGUCUCAAUCAUUGUUAUCAGCAUUUAACAGCAUCAGACAAAGUUUAUUACUUCCAAUAACAAGAAAUCUUGAUUUAACAAGACAUGCAUCAAAGAAAGCAGGUUCAUCAACUAAAAAUAAAGGUGGAAAUAUGAGAAGACCAAAGCAUCGAGGUGUCAGAGUUCAAGAUGGUCAUUAUGUUCAAGCUGGUACUAUUCUUGCAACCCAAAUGACCACAAGAUUUCAUCCUGGUCUUCAUGCUGGAUUUGGUAAAAAUGGUACAAUAUUUGCAAUUGAAGCUGGAAGAGUAGCAAUAACAUGUGAAGUAAUUGAUCCAAAUUGGGAACACACAUGGAUCCAACGAUGCUACAGUGGUAGAGAAGGUGAUAAAAUAUAUAAAAAACAUUUUAAUGUUAUUCCUGAAAAACAACAUGGUAGAUUUAAGCUAGUUGAUACUAUUUAAUAAAAAAAACAACAAAAAUUAGAUUAUCAAAUUGUAAUAAAUAAAUCAUAAAUGUUUAUUCA